AUGGAAAUGAGAUCCGACGGUGCACAACAAAGGCCCUCUGCUAUGCUGCUGCGUCCGCCUGUGCUACGCUUCUCUCUGCCCGUCGGAAUGGCAAUCGGAACGGCAGCAGCAGCGGCGGUGCGGCGCAACCUCGGCGCCGCAGGCCCAGACCUCGCCGUCGCCCACCUCUGCUGCUCCUCGACCCCCACCACCUACACCGCAGCCCACCUCCCGCCCACGCCGGCCACACUCCUCGCGCUCCUCCGCCGCGCGCCCGCGCCCGCACCGCAUCCCUCCACCGCCGUGCACGCCUGCCUCCUCAAGUCGGCCUACUUCCGCCCGGGGGGCUGCACCGUCCCCAACUCCCUACUCGCCUCCUACGCAACAUCCGGCGACUCCCUUGCCGCGGCGAAGCUGUUCGACGAAAUGCCCCUCCGGGACGUCGCGUCCUGGACCUCCAUGAUGCGGGCACACCUCGCGGAGGGCUCCCCGUCCCAGGCCCUGCGCAUGCUCAGGGGCAUGCUCGGUGGCGGCAGUGGCGCACCGGAGCCGGACGGGGUCGUGCUCGUUGUCGCCCUCCGCGCAUGCGCCGAGCUCGAGGACCUGCCGCUCGGAGCCUCCCUGCACGCCGUCGCGGAGCGCCGUGGGUUGCAAGGCGGCGACAUAUUCGUUGCCAACUCGCUCGUCGACAUGUAUGCCAGGUGCCUCGACCUGCGGUCUGCCAGGAAGGUCUUUGACAUGAUCCCGUGCAGGAACGUGGUGUCCUGGAACACCAUGCUCUCUGGACUCUCGCGUGCCGGCCGCGCUGCUGACGCGCUGGACCUUCUCGCCUCCUCCUCGUCAUUGCUGAAAGAGGGUGACAUCGGCUUCGAUGAGACGACGCUGGCGGUGCUGCUUCAGCUGUGCAAGAGGCUUGAGGGUGGCCAGGCCAUGUGGUGCCGGUCCGUCCAUGCUGUGGCCAUCAGGAGGGGGCUCCUAUUGUCCUCGACAGGCCUGCCUCUAUUGAACGCCCUUCUGGACGCCUACGCCAAGUGCGGCCUGCUCGAGCACGCCCUCAGGUUGUUCCGUGGCAUGCCCGAGAGGAACAUCGUCACGUGGAGCACCAUCAUCGCUGGAUGUGCCCACAACGGACGGCCGGGCGAGGCGGUCGCAUGCGCCGUCGCGAUGAGGGAGGCCGGGGAGACACCCAACUCGGUCACCAUACUGAGCAUCCUUGAGGCAUGCGCAGACUGUGCAGAGAUGGCAGCGUCGAGAUGCGCUCAUGGCGUUGCACUCAGGAGUGGGCUAGCCUUGGAGCGGGAGGUCAGCAAUGCUCUGGUAGACAUGUAUGGAAAAUGCGGCGACGUGGCUGCGGCGACGAAGGUGUUCAAUGCGAUGCCUCGAAGGGACGUGCUCACCUGGAACUCCAUGAUCGGCGUACUGGGGAUGAACGGCCGCGCACGUGAUGCCCUCGCUCUCCUCGACAGGAUGGAGCAGGAAGGGGACAUCACGCCGAACGGUGUCACGAUGCUGGCCGUGCUGUCGGCAUGCGCUCACGGAGGUCUGGUGGAGGAGGGAGUGGCCUGCUCCGAGAGGAUGACGGUGACACACUUGGUUGAGCCGCAGGUGGAGCACUUAUCGUGCGUCGUUGACAUGCUCGCACGUGCAGGGGACCUUGAGGGGUCCGCCAGGGUCAUCGAGGAGAGGAUGUCCACCAGCAGCAGUCCAGCAGCCUGGAGCGCGCUGCUAAGCGCCUGCAGAGGCCAUGGCAGCGACUCGACGGUCAGCCGUGAUGCUGCCUGCCGCGUCCUGGAGUUGGAGCCGGGCAAUGCGGCAGGGUACCUGAUGUCGAUGGGCGUGCCCGGCGCUGGCGAGACAGCAGCGCGGAUGCGGUGGCUGAUGAGGGAGAGGGGAGUAGGGGUGACUGGCGGACACAGCAUGGUGCAGGUGGGGCAAAAUACUCACAGCUUCAUGUCGUGGGACGGAUGCCACACUGACAGAGCGCAGGUUUACUCCAUGCUACAUCUGCUGCAUCAACAGAUGCUGCCGCCUACUCCUCCACAUCCAAACCACCAUCAUAUUACUUUAUUAUCAUGUACACCAGCGUCAUGAUUAAGGUACAUAUGAAGUCCUCACCAUCAUCUAUAUUUAUCAACUCGGUUAUCUAUAAUAUAUAUGCUAGUAAUUAGGCUGAAUUCUGUAGUGCAUUUUGAGUGCCUGCUUUGGAUUUGUUCAGUGCAACUCUCAGCAUGGUUCUUUCAUGACCUGUUGAUGAUGGAUUGGGUGGGUACGCAUAUGGAAAGAAAUGCAGGACUGCAUUUCAUUUCUUCCAUGGUUCGACGCCGGAUCCAGGAGAUACUGUGGAAUGGGUUGGAAGGAGGAGUGAUCUCUGUCUCGCCCUCGAGCAUCUUGACCACCGCGCUCAUUGACGGCCUCUGCUGAAUGCACUAGAACACCACCUUGCACAUCCUCUCCACCAGCCCUCUGCAACGCGAGUCAUGGUGGACCGUUGCCACCAUGAGCUCCAUCAGCUCACUGGCUUCGUACCUGGCCCAUGCGACUAUGGGGUACCAUCGCAGGCUGCUCUUUGGCAUAGCAACGGCGUCUUGGUCACUACCAUGCUCGACGAUCUUCGGGAGGAGCAUGCUGAAGCUGUAGACAUCACACUUCUCGAUGAUAUGUAGCUCCAUCCAAACCUCUGGUGUGGCGUACCUGAAAGUGCCGCGCGCAUGGGACAGAGGCAUGCUUGUCGGCAUGGUGGACAAGGCUUGCAAAGCCAAAGUCACCCACCUUGGGCGUGAGGGUGCCGUCGAGGAGGGGGUGGUGGUGGAUACAAAAAUGCUUCUCUUGGAUCCUGGCAACUACGGCGGCGAUAGCCUAAAUCAAGGGGGUGGAGCACCUGCCAAGUGAUCUCAACCUUGAUUGUGCUUGCAGAGAGGAUGAUGCUUGCAAGGGGGUUGAUACGAGCACGAAGAGAAGCGAUGGUCACGAUGGCUUUCUUAGGGACGACUUCGAGGACGAAGAUGACCAUACCAACAAGAGUAAGAAGAAGCACUGGCCGAAUAACUCUUAUGGAUUUGUUCUCCAUAACCACAUUGAGUUGCAUCAGCUGCUCGUUAUAUACUACUACUACUUGCUCUGUAAAUAAAUAAAACAUCUUAUAUUUGUUUACAAAGGGAGUAAUAUGGUUCAACAAUUGAGGCUAA